UUACGGUAGAUACGCAGAUGAAAGACCGCCCUCCCCACAAGCAGUGGUAUAAUUAAAGCAGUGCGUGCCGUUGAAACAGUCUGAUUUGAGAAUAAGGGUCUAGAUAAGCAACCAAGUAGAUACUCUGUGUGCCCAACAUCAUUUUUAACAGCUUGUUUUGCUCUUUGAUUCUGUUCACAAUGGCACAGGUCAACAGAUGUCUGAAACAGCUGUUCUUUGGAUUCAACAUGUUGUUAGGGAUUGCAGGGUGUGUCCUAUUGGUUUUGGGAAUGAUCGCAGCACCACAUAAUACAGAGCAUGACCAAGGAGAGUCAAUUGGCUUGACAUGGAUUAUAUCGACUGCAGUUGUUUCUGUGCUGCUCUCUCUACUUGGAGCAUAUGGUGCAUACCGAGAGAACAUUGUGAUACUGAGAUUGUUCCUUGGAAUAAUAGGCUUUGGAUCAAUCCUUUUUCUUAUUUUGGGAUGUAAAGUGGCUCGUUCAAUGCCUGAGGCCAUGCAACUGAUUAAAGAAAACCUCCCUGCAAUUACAUCAGAAAUGAUGGCUGAUGCAGAGCAGCGACAAACUAUCAUGGCUCUACAAGUACAAGGUAAGUGUUGUGGAAUAAUGAGUUACAGAGACUGGGAAAGCAAUAUUCCAGAGACCUGUCAAUGUUCUAGUUUCAAGUCAGACCCAUCCCAAUGUAUGGAGGUUCAAAUGACUAAAGAUGGCGGCAACUGGGGAAGAUCUGACAAAUCUGAAAUGAUGUGGAUCUACAGAGAGCCCUGUGGUCCUCUCAUCUUGGAGAACUUCGACUCUGCGUUUAAGUCCGUACUUGGAUUCUUCCUUGGAUUCGGUUUGUAUGCUUGUAUUGGGCAAGUGUUAUCCGGCGUGAUGAUUCGUCAGGUCAAGAAGGUGCAGUCUACUGACGUCCCUGAGCCUAUAGAAGAUGGACAUCGUUUCACACCGCAAUUCCAGGCAAUUCGCCAUGUGGAGGGAGUUGCGGGAGUUGAACCGACGACCUUCUACCCAUAACCAGGGAUGAGGUCAGGGUUUCAGUUUGUUGGCAUCCUGGCAAGCGGCGAGGAGUAGAAGGUGCUUGAACAACGUGAGACGAGGUGCAACCAGAUAAAGAAGAUGAGUGUUCGGGAACGAAAAGGCACAACUCACUGCUCACAGUUAUAAAUGAAUGCAUUUUGGAGUCACUGUUAUUGUAAAUCAAGUCUGUUUUAAUGAAUAAUCCUGAAUGAAUCGUGAGUAAGGAUGAGUGAGAAACUUACAGAGGCGCUAAUAUCACAACUCACUGCUCACAGUUAUAAACAUGACGCUUUGUUUAUCUCAUUUGUGUAUAACAUUAUUAUUUCUUAAAUCAUAACAAAGGUGAGUCUGUCCACAGCU